AAGGCGGGGUCGGACGGGGGAAGGGAGGGCCGUGCUGCUCGUCGCUCCUCCUCCACCCGCUCUGCCCGUCCUGGACCUUGUGGGCCGGGCAGCCAUUUUGGGAAGAGCUUUGUUAUGUUUGUGGACUAGCCGCCUCUGCCGGGUCGACAAGCUGGGGACGCGUCCUCAGACGCAGCGUCUAGUCCCUGGCCAUAGCUCCGCCGCUGCCCGAGUGAUAGAUUCGUGUGGCCUUUCAAAUGAUUGUGAAGUGGUGGAAAUGGAUCCAAAAUAAUAAGUGACUUCUCUACCAAAGCAUAGAAGAUUCUUCAUAUCUCCUUCCAGUGGCUCAAUUGAGAUUUUGGGAAGGAGCAGAACAAGUGAAACACAGAAAACUGAAGAGAAGAAAUCCUCAUUUUGGAACUAUAUUUCUCCUUGACUAUUUCUUAAUACCCAUCCUACCCAUCUUUCUAAUGUUUUAACUUUGCUCUGAAUUUAUAAAUAGUAAAGCCCAAAGACAUAGAAUAUUAGGAGCUUUAUACCAAGAAAUUUGCCUUGAAAGCUGCUGUUCAUGGAGGGAAAAGUGUAGCAAAUUCCUGUCCAAUAUAUUUUUAUUUUUUAUUUUUAUUUUUUAACAGAGACAAGACUUAUGUCCCUAGAUUUUGAAGGUUAGGGCAAAUAUAAAUACAUAUCUACACACUAUUUUUUAGCAGUUGCGUAAGAAUAAUGAGAUCUGUAUUUUAAGGACUUUGUCAUGUGGAUGUUUUGGAGUUGACUGCUCAGAUCUUUUAUAGGGCUUUAAUAUUUUUGAUCUAUCACCUUGAUGACAUUUGUCCACAUUUCAGCCCAUCUGUCUUUCUAGCUAUGACCUUGUUAUGAACAGUAUUUGCACUCGGUGCAAAUAUCCAUGUCUUACCUAAUUAAGCAACAUCAUAGUGCCAUAACUCAAGGAAGUUGAAUGAGGUGAACAUAGAUACAGCUCUUUCCCCUUCCCCCCUUUUUUAAAUGUAACAAAUACUUUUUAUGUUCCCCUUCCCCCCUUCCCCUUUUCCCCUUUCCCCUUUUGGAAACGUGUCAGGAACCAAAUAGUUUAAGAUGAGCAGUUGAGGGGACUGAGAGAGUGAUCCACACAGAACCUGGCUUCUUUGUGCUUCAUCAUAAGUCGUGCUGCUGGCCAGGUUACUUAAGCACCCUUUUAACAAGAAAACCUCGUGGGAGAUCCAGCUGGCCAACUCGAGUUCAGAAACAGGACCGCAGAGGUUACACUCUGGGAUCCUGGCCAUGAGGUUGGAUGCCUCACCUUGCUGAAAGGAGACACCGGACCUAAAUGGCGCAGCAUGAUUUUGUUCCUGCUUGGCUAAAUUUCUCAACACCACAGUCAGCUAAGUCACCUACUGCCACCUUCGAAAAACACGGAGAGCACCUACCCAGAGGAGAAGGUAGAUUUGGAGUAAGCCGCCGUCGACAUAAUUCCUCUGAUGGUUUUUUUAACAAUGGUCCCCUACGAACUGCAGGAGAUUCUUGGCACCAGCCCUCCCUGUUCCGCCAUGAUUCUGUGGACUCUGGUGUCUCUAAGGGAGCACAUGCUGGAAUCACAGGGAACUCAUCUGGUUGGCAUAGCUCUUCCCGAGGUCAUGAUGGCAUGAGCCAACGUAGCGGAGGUGGCACAGGGAACCAUCGCCACUGGAAUGGCAGCUUCCACUCCCGGAAAGGGUGUGCUUUUCAGGAAAAGCCACCUAUGGAGAUUAGGGAAGAAAAGAAAGAAGACAAGGUGGAAAAGUUGCAGUUUGAAGAGGAGGACUUUCCUUCCUUGAAUCCAGAAGCUGGCAAACAGCGUCAGCCAUGCAGACCUAUUGGGACACCUUCUGGAGUAUGGGAAAACCCGCCUAGUGCCAAGCAACCCUCCAAGAUGCUAGUUAUCAAAAAAGUUUCCAAAGAGGAUCCUGCUGCUGCCUUCUCUGCUGCAUUCACCUCACCAGGAUCUCACCAUGCAAAUGGGAACAAAUUGUCAUCUGUGGUUCCAAGCGUCUAUAAGAACCUGGUUCCUAAGCCUGUACCACCUCCUUCCAAGCCUAAUGCAUGGAAAGCUAACAGGAUGGAGCAUAAGUCAGGAUCCCUUUCCUCUAGCCGGGAGUCUGCUUUUACCAGUCCAAUCUCUGUUACCAAACCAGUGGUACUGGCUAGUGGUGCAGCUCUGAGUUCUCCCAAAGAGAGUCCCUCCAGCACCACCCCUCCAAUUGAGAUCAGCUCCUCUCGUCUGACCAAGUUGACCCGCCGAACCACCGACAGGAAGAGUGAGUUCCUGAAAACUCUGAAGGAUGACCGGAAUGGAGACUUCUCAGAGAACAGAGACUGUGACAAGCUGGAAGAUUUGGAGGACAACAGCACACCUGAACCAAAGGAAAAUGGGGAGGAAGGCUGUCAUCAAAAUGGUCUUGCCCUCCCUGCAGUGGAAGAAGGGGAGGUUCUCUCACACUCUCUAGAAGCAGAGCACAGGUUAUUGAAAGCUAUGGGUUGGCAAGAAUAUCCUGAAAACGAUGAGAAUUGCCUUCCCCUCACAGAGGAUGAGCUCAAAGAGUUCCACAUGAAGACAGAGCAGCUGAGAAGAAAUGGCUUUGGAAAGAAUGGCUUCUUGCAGAGCCGCAGUUCCAGCCUGUUCUUCCCUUGGAGAAGCACUUGCAAAGCAGAGUUUGAGGACUCAGACACUGAAACCAGUAGCAGUGAAACAUCAGAUGACGAUGCCUGGAAGUCUUGGCUGGUUUCAGGAAACAGGUCCCAUCCUAUGGACUCCCACUCUGGGGAGCCAGCACUCCUGCCCUGUGGGACCUGUGACAUGGUUUUCCGCUCGUCAGCUCUGUUAGCCACCCACACUCAGCGCUUCUGCAUUGGCCACCCGACCCAAGAGAUGACAUUUGGAGCACAGGCGUCAGUUGCCACUGAACCCCAGCGGGCCGCGGUUGUGCCACAAGAACUCCAGGGCGUGCCACAAGAACCCCAGGGCCUCCCAGACCAGCAGGCCAGUAAAUCUGCUCUAAAGAGGUUAACAGAGGAGGUGCAGUGGCUGCGGCUAUCCCUACAGGAAAUGCAGUCCUGGAUAACAGAGGUCCCCGGGGUGUUCGCGAGGCCCUGGACACGUUCCGAGGCGUGGCCUCAGAGUCCCAUGUCCGAGGCGGUGGGAAGCCCCAGCGAGCGGCUGCGGGCGCUGUUGAGGACUCGCGCGAGACGCGUGGCGGAGAUGGAAGCGCAGAGUCGGGCCCUGCAGCGACGCGGCGAGGGUGAAGGAGAUGGGGGACAGGGACCAAGGACCUCCUCUGCCCUCGCCCUUUGGCUUAAGCUUGCUCGGGCCGGUUCUGACUCGGCCCGCAUUCCCUCAGAACUGAGCCGGCGCCUCCAAGUUGUGGCCUGUACGCGGGGCGGGAUGUCCCGCCUCUUUGGCCUGGAGCAGGAGAUCCGAGAACUACAAGCUGAGGCAGGGAGGACGCGGGGAGCUCUAGAGGUGUUGGGGGCCCGCAUUCAGGAGCUGCAGGCAGAGCCAGGGAACCCGCUGAGCUCCCGGCGAGAGGCAGAACUUUAUUCUUCAGUACUAAAGGCCAACCCGGGAACUCUGGCUGUCGAAAUCCGGGCCCUGCGGGAGGCCUACAUUCGAGACGGGGGCCGGGACCCCGGCGUGCUGGGCCAGAUAUGGCAGUUGCAGGUGGAGGCGUCUGCACUGGAGCUGCAGCGGUCGCAGACCCGCAGAGGAAGGGCAGGUGCCACCUCAGGGGAGCUUCCAGUAUUGGAGGCUGAAAACCGGCGCCUGGAAGCAGAAAUCUUGGCCUUGCAAAUGCAAAAGGGUCGGGCACCCUUGGGGCCCCAGGAUCUGCGACUCCUGGGGGAUGCCAGCCUACAACCAAAGGGGAGGAGAGAUCCCCCAUUCCUCCCGCCGCCAGUGGCACCACCACUGCCACCACUUCCAGGCUUCUCAGAGCCACAGCUUCCUGGAACAAUGACCAGAAACCUGGGCCUGGACCCACACUUCCUCCUGCCCACAUCGGACGUGCUGGGCCCUGCACCCUAUGAUCCUGGGGCUGGCCUGGUCAUUUUCUAUGAUUUCCUGCGGGGUCUUGAGGCUUCCUGGAUUUGGGUGCAACUAAGGACUGGCUUGGCACGUGAUGGACAGGAUACAGGAAGGACUACAGCGUUGCCCCCAGCCCUUUGCCUGCCCCCACCUCCUGCUCCCGGGCCCAUGGGCAACUGUGCCAUCCUUGCCAGCAGGCAGCCUGUGCCCAGACUACCACCGUCACCAUCAGUAUCUUUGGUCUGUGAGCUGCAGGUCUGGCAGGGGCUGGCAUGGGCUAGGGCACCACAGCCAAAGGCUUGGGUCUCACUUGGACUAUUUGACCAAGAUCAGCGGGUGCUAAGUGGCCGCUGGCGCCUCCCACUUCGGGCCCUUCCUCUGGACCCCAGCCUUAGCCUUGGGCAGUUGAAUGGGAUUCCUCAGGCAGGUCAGGCUGAGCUCUUUCUGCGGCUGGUGAAUGCAAGAGAUGCAGCUGUCCAGACACUGGCAGAGAUCAAUCCAGCAAGUGUCCAUGAGUACCAGUACCCACCUCCGGUGUCCAGCACAUCUUCACUGGAAGCCAACUUCCUCACCCCCACAGUUGGCUUUGCUGAUCCCCCACCUCGUACAGAAGAGCCCCUCAGUGGAGUCAAGAAUAGAGAUGGUUUGGGCCCUCACCACAGUUCUGACUUGCCCCCAGUGAGUUCCUGAACCCAAGUGAAUGUGGGGAUGAGCAUCUGAACAUUCACUCACAGGACUGGGGCCUAUCUCCAGACCUACAGCUUUACUACUCCAUGUUCUGACACUGGGUCUAGAAGCAACUAGCAGUUGAGUACAGGAAAUGAGUUCCAACCACAGCUUUACCACCUCCUGUAAGUCCUUAACUUUUCUGUACCUCUUCUGUUUUUGUAAAACAGAUUAAGGAUUAAAUGAGUUUGUCAGGUA